AAGUGAGUUCAGAACUUGAAGGGAAACUACAACUUUAUUUUUCCCUCCCCCAAACAUUCCUUUAAAAAGGAUUAUGGUGGACCGAAAAUGUUGAGGAGUAGGAAGGAAUUCUGGUGAAGGAAGGGCUGAUGGUUAUAUUUCAAGGCAUGUCACUAGAUCUUUUGUGAUUGACCUAUAUUCCUGUCCUUACUGAUCUUAUCUUGAGUAGUUACAGAUGAUGUUUCUUACCAAGUAUCCACGUCCUGAUUUCUGGGAGCUCUAGAGUAACCCACUGAGUAUCUUAUUCUGAUCCAACUCAUGGGAAUAAAACAUUAGCCAAAUAUUGUGUGCGAAAUAGGCAGGGUCAAGAGAGGGCAACAGGCCAACUAAUUGGAGAGUCUGUACGUCUUUCUAACCAGUGGUUACUGAGCUAGCCUUGCAACCUAUUUUCCCUAGUCUCAGAUUUGCCAUGGAGCCCUGGACUCCUCAAGUGUGAACCUGUUCUGAUGUGAUAAAUCGUUCUGAUGCUUCAUGAUUUCUUUAAAGGAGGUUUUGUUGAUUUUAUAAGUGGACACAUAAUAACUCAAGGUGAGACCAUUACUGACCCACACUAGUUGGGAGAAAAGCAUGAUAUAUUCAGGUUAAGAUUCAUUUACUAAAUAGUUCAAAACCAUAUUCUCAUUAUGCAACAGUCAUAAUUAUUUUUUAUUCUUUUACAUUUCUAUCUCUCUUUUCAUCUACAGCAAUAGAGAAGAACAGGAUGAGGGAGGAUAAUCAGAGCAGUGUGUCCGAAUUCCUCCUCCUAGGGCUCCCCAUCCAGCUGGAGCAGCAGGGCACAUUCUUUGCCUUGUUCCUGGGCAUAUACCUCACCACAGUGCUGGGAAACCUGCUCAUCAUACUGCUUAUCAGACUAGACUCUCACCUCCACACCCCCAUGUACUUCUUUCUCAGCCACUUGGCUUUCACUGAUGUCUCUUUCUCAUCAGUCAUAGCCCCAAAGAUGCUGAUGAACAUGCAGACACAAAGUCAAUCUAUCUCAUACAUGGGGUGCAUUUCCCAGGUCUAUUUUUUCUUAUUCUUUGGAGAUAUUGACAGCUUACUUCUUACCUCCAUGGCCUAUGACAGGUACGUGGCCAUUUGUCACCCCCUUCGCUAUACCACCAUCAUGAGUCAGAGCCUGUGUUUCAUGCUAGUAAUUUUGUCGUGGGCCCACUCCUUUGCCUAUGCAUUAUUGCACACCCUGCUCCUGGCCCAUCUCUCUUUCUGUGGAGACAAUACUCUCCCUCACUUCUUCUGUGACCUCUCUGCCUUACUUAAGCUGUCCACCUCAGACACGUCAACUAAUGAGCUGGUUAUCCUCACUCUGGGGGUUGUGGUCAUUACCAGCCCACUCAUAUGCAUCCUGGUCUCUUAUGGCCGCAUUGUGUCCACCAUCCUGAGAGUCCACUUAACCAAGGGGAUCGGCAAAGCCUUGUCCACUUGUGGCUCCCACCUCUCUGUCGUGUCUCUGUAUUAUGGGGCAAUUAUUGGACUCUACUUUUUCCCCUCAUCCAGUGCCUCCAAUGACAAGAAUGUCAUUGUGGCUGUAUUGUACACUCUGGUCACUCCCAUGCUAAAUCCCUUUAUCUACAGUCUGAGAAACCGGGACAUGAAAGGAGCUCUGGGAAAUAUACUCAGUAGAAGAACGUUUUUGUCACAAUAGACAAUAUUUUCUCUAUUAAUUUGAUACAAGUUUUAUUCCCUGAGUAGCUUUUUCUUGGUGAAUCUUGAAGGGGCACUCUUCCUUCAUCUUCUCUGUUUCAGCUUGGACUUAGUUUCUUCUCUAUUUAGUUUC